GAAAUUUCAAAUAUAUUUUGCGUUUUCGCUAGGGCUGUUUUUGAGGUCUCAGUCACUUUUCACCCUUUGUAUUUUGGCUGAAAUAGAAUAAUGCUAUGGCCUCUACCUCUCAUUUUAAUAACUCCAAUUCACAACAAGCCAACUUAUCAGAAUGCUGUAACAAGACUGGUGAUCCUACCAGUUUAUGGUGUGAUGAAUCUUUAGAGAAUUCUGGUAACAUUCUGGAUCAUUGUAUAUGUUAUCCAAGUACGCCAAGUUCAUUUUCUACUACAUCAGGAAGUACAUCUUAUUCACGUGAUCUUUACACAACAUCAAGAUUGCGUAGUAGAUCAGAAGAGAAAACUCAUAAAUCUGAAUGUCCAUAUGAUAUAUCUAUCAAUAAUAAACGUCUUACAAGUGUACAACUUGUUUGUAAUUCAUGUUCAUGCCCUGAAACAAAAAGUUCAGUUCAUUUGUUCACAGAACAAAAUAGUAUUUCAGAAAAAUCCCAGUCGACUUCCAGACAGGGAGACAACUGUAAACAGAAAGAAAGAUUACCUAACAAAUCAUACUCUUUAUUCUGUUGUAAUGAAGAUUCGGAUACAGUACCGCCUGCAAUGGCUCUUAUCAAUGUCAAUCGUCUUAGUACACGAAAUUUAAAUCUUAUCAACUUGAAUAAUAAUAAUGAUAAUACAAACAAGAAAAGCAACACCUCCAAUGUUGACUUACAAAUCUCCCAUGCUAAAAAGACAAAAUCACUUCUUCUUUGCAACGCCAGAAAAUCUCUGCCUGCAAUUCAUCUUGACUAUGAUUUGCAAGUGAGUCAUAGCAGUGGUACUAGUAGUCUGUCUGAUGCUGCAGUUGUAGGUGUUGAUGAACAGGAUUAUUAUCUACAAACUGAUAAAUUGCUCACCGUGUUUUCAGCUGGUUCAAAUGGUCAUACUAUACAAUUUGGACAAACUGGUGCAUCAGCUAGAGAUUCUGGUUUAAGUUCACAUUCAAGCAAUUCAGUAAAUUAUUCACCGAAUUCUACUCAAUUGUCUUCGAAAGGAGUGAAUACUGCUGCUUGUCAAUUGAAUCUAUCUCCUACAUCGCUGCCGACUCCAUCACCAGCACCAGCACCACCACCACCAGUCCCUGAACAUGCUCCUCAUUCACAGGCUAUGAUUGCACUUGCACGUCGAAAAGAAGGAGGCAUUUCAAAUGCGACAUCAAUAACUUCAGUCCCCCAGGAGAAUGAUACUUUAAAGUGUACAUGUUUUAAAAGUGUUAACAACAAGGCAAUUGUCAAUAAAAUCACUGGAACAACUAUACGCUUACAUUCUUCACAUGGGAAUGAGGCUAGAACACGUUUAGAACCUAAAGACUAUAAAUUCAAUGGGGAACGGAAAGAGCAGACUGUCAAAUCGUCUCUUUCACCUAUAUGGAAAAGAAAAUUAAGUAAUUCAACACCAAAGUUGAAAAGUUUGCUAACUGAGAAACAACCAGCCGCCGCCACCACCAUCACCACAACAACAACGACAAACAUCACCACUCCCGCUGCUAUACAAUAUACACAGUUUAUUCGAAUAAACGGAGAAGAUGAACAAGGAGGAGGAGGAGGAGUAGAAGAAGAAAGGGAAAAGGAUAUAAAGCCAAAUCCUCAAUAUGAGAAAAAUUCACAUCAUAUUAAUAAUAGUCAUACUAAUUAUGAUAAUAAUAUCAAACAAUCCAGUAUUCAUGCAUACCCACCUUCGAAUAAUUCUAACAAUACACAACAACAACAACAACAAAAUCAGCAGCCUGCCUGUAUAUUAUGCACAGUGAAUUGGCAAUUUUAUUUAUCACAGCCUAGUAAUCUUCUUUACAGUAUUACUAAUAAUAGUGAUAAUACUAAUACUGAUAAAAAGGCGAUGUAUUCAUCAAAUGAAAACAAUGCAUGGUAUUUUUUAAGUCAUGCUGACUUUCUUAAAUCUACAAUACACCUGGUUAAACCGGAACAGUGUUACAGUUGCCGUAGGCAUAUUUAUGCUGUCGGUAUUAAUUUAUUUAAUCGAAAUCCAUUGAGAGGCUUGAAAUUCUUGGCAAAACAUAAAUUUCUCAAAUUGUCUUCCAGUGAAGAAAUUUCUGAAUUUAUUUGUAAUAAUCCUGAUUUAUGUCGUUCUAAAAUUGGAGCAUUUCUUGGACUUCCUCCUAGUGAAGAAAUCAACCCUACUGAAGUAACAAUGUUACUUCUGAAGACUUUAAAUAUGACAAAUCUAGAGGUGGAUGAAGCAUUACGAUUAGUGGUCAAUCGAUUCGGUAUGCCGGUGGAAUCACAAGAAAUUGAUCGUUUACUUCAAUGUAUCUCAGAAUAUUAUCAUACAGUCCGUUGGCCAUCAUUAUCGCCUAUCACGUCAACGAAUAUCUCCUCCAGUUCAAAUAAUCAUCUGUCAAGACAGACAGUAACACCUCCAGUGACUGUUGAUCAGUUAUCCUUAAUAUUCUAUGCUAUUCUCCUUCUACAAACUAGUCUACACAAUGUGAAUGCGGCAAAAUCAAGUCUAGGCAAACAGAAUGUCAAUCAGUUUAUUAAAAAUGUACACGAUCUGUUAAUGUCUUCCUCCACAAAUCAAGAAGACAAUGGUGAUAACGAUGGUGAUGAUGAUGAUGUUGGUGAAAGACAACGUAAAUCAGUAGUGACUGAAUGCAGCAGUAAUGCUGUACAGGCGAGACAAUUAUUUUCUAAUCGUAUACUCACUGAAAUUUAUCAUCGUAUUAAAGCGAGACCACUACUAACCGGUGCUGAUCAAACAGAUACUGUCCGACGUAUAUCAAAAGCAAUAGGAAAUUUAAAUCAAGUGAAAAUUCUACCGCAUAAAUCUACUACAAAUAUUUUUGAAUUGGUUGAUACACAUCGUAGAUUAGUGUGUUACUGUACUGUUAUUCAUAUUAUACAAAAUCAACCUCCAGAGAAAGAGACCAGGGCACUGAGACACUUAUUUGUAUUCAAUGAUUUAAUUAUUCUUGCUAAAGAUGCCUCAUCCUCCUCGUCCCCCUCCACAUUAUCGUCAAAACACCUCGGUGGUAGAAAAUCUAUCUUCGACAAAUCAAAACAUCGGCAGAUAUCAACUGAUAAUGUACUGUUUAGUCGGCAUAAAUGCAACGAUGAAUUCCUUCAACCCCCACUGGAUUUACUUAUUAACAAUUUUGAUGAUAAACAUCAACAGCUGAAUAACUUACAGUCUAGUGCAUUUAUCUGUGCUCAACCUCCUGUUCACUGUUUGCCGUAUACACGAAGGAGUCGAUCAAAAAAUGAUAUAAAUACGCAUAAGGCAGCAUCUAGUCAUUUCAAUUCACAUUCCUCUACACGUUUAACUGCUUUAUAUGCUAUCUCACUGGUUCAAUGUAAAAUUCGUCCUUUUAAAACUGAUGUAUAUCGUUAUGGCUUAGAGUUUUGGAGUUUCCCAAAAGAUUAUUCACCUACCAAUGAUCACUCAAUGAAUUCUGUUAAUAAUAACAAUAACCAUGAUCAGCAACAACCUGAACAGUUAAUUAUUAUCUCAGCAUUAGCUAAAACUGACUAUCAUAAUCUACUGACCGACUUAUUUGAAGUAAUCUGUGAAGCAAAUCAUGUUGAUAUGGUGUUGAACAGUUAGUUAAUAAUAUGUGAAUUCGUCGACUCCUUCUCUUUCUCUUCUUCUAUAUGUGAUUGAUUAUAUGAUGGAAGAAGAAUCCAAUUGGUUUCUUUCAUUUGCUGUGUGUGUUUCUCUUUUUUCCUGCCUUACACAUUGAAUUCUGCAUCACCACAAUCAUCAUCAUCACUGUCACCAUCUUCUUCUACUUCUUCUGUAGAUUUCAUUGAAUUCGCUGUACUGUCAAAUCAAUACACUAAUGCACACGCACGCACACGCACACUGACACAGACACAUAGAGACACAUGCAUUCCAUAUUCUUGAG